AUGGAAGCCUCAGAUGAUCGCGUAACGGAAAAAGUGCAGUCACUGAGCGACCUGGAGCUUGCCGUUCUCAUUUGUUUGGUCGCGGACCAACACUGCAUCAUCGAAGCGGAAAGGGAGCUGACGCGUGAUGUAGUAGAGGAAUUGAAGCUUGUCGCUUCCAACGUCUUUGGACUAACAUGGGCCGUACUAGAAUGCAACGAGAACACCACGCUCGACGACUUUGGAAGCGGAAUUCUUGUCAAGGGCGAAGAGAACGAUUAUUUUGGCAGCAAACCUGACCGAAGUAGAGGAGAGUUUUCGUCAAUCUCAAAAUCGCCUACGAAGUCUGAGCGGCGCACAUCGAAAUCACCUAGACCAUUCAGUCCGCUGGAUAGUCAAAGUAUCGCGAAUAUUGUUAUUGCAAGAAAUCUCAACCAGGCGAAUCCACAGGUUCAGAUCCAGGCUUUAGAGCUGAUACGAGGCAAGCGGAAUUUCACGAGAACAGCUGUACAUGCAGCUCCGAGACCGUUCCUAUUCAUCGCUUUGAACGCUUCAGGCACAUCGCGCUUGACAAUGCAUCUGAACGACCAGUUCUUCAUCUCGCACAAGCACCAAACAGACGAUGGGAUGCCAAAUCUUGAAGAACUACAAGAGAAAGUACAUGUCUCGGAUGACGGCGCGUCGAUGUCUUCUGUGGUGCGCACGCCGCCACUCCAACCGGGGAAACUGAAACCGCGGACAGCAUUGUUCUCUCACGACGAUCUGGUAAGCUUGACGAAGCUGGUAUCAGGAGUCAAGAUCAGCUCUGAAGUAAGAGCCUAUCUACACAACAUCAUUGUUUUCAUGAGGCUGCACCGAGCAGUCGCAGGAGGCAUCUCUGCGUUGGCAACGAGGCACUUCAAUACGUUGGCACAUGCUCUCGCCCCACUUCAUGGUCUUGACUACAUUUCCCCGUCCAUGGUCGCUCUAGCAGCUCGCAAGAUAUACCCACAUCGCAUCGUUAUUACGGAAGCCGAGAAGGAGCGCAGCAUGCAAUGGGGCAGUUCACUUGAAGCGGUAAAGGCUGUGCUGGAAGGUGUCACGGUUGAGGAUGUCAUUGAAGAGGUGCUGGAGUCGGUAGAAGUGCCACUUUAG